AUGUCUAACAUAUGUGACGACUUGCAAUCCGGAAGUGCACCUAUCAUAAGUGUUGCCGAAUUUUAUGCGUCCAAAGAGCCAAAAGACUAUUGGAUUUGUUGCAACAUUAUUGAUAUUUGGAGGGAUUGGUAUUUUAAUUCUUGCCCCAACUGCGUUCGGAAAGUCGAACCCAAAGAAGAGAGGUUUUGGUGCAACCACUGCCAAGACACCAUUCCAUUUGCAAUUAUUAGAUACAAACUGCAUAUUUCGGUUGGGGACAACACGGGAAUGGUUCGUCUUUUAUGCUGGGACAAGAUUGCUAGAGAAUUGGUUGGAAAACCAUGUGAUGCUGUUGUUAGUGAAUUGAUAGAGGCAAGGGAAAAUGAUGGCUCGGUUCUACCUAUUGACCUCGAGAUUUUGAUACACAAAGUGCUAUUGUUCAAGGUUUCAAAGAAAAAAGGGCAAUUUGGAUCAUACAAUGGUCCUUUUACCGUUUCUCGAUUAACAGCCGACCAUAUUUUGGUCAACCGAUUUGGUUCUUUGGCCAACAUCUUCCAGGACUCUCACGAAACCUCCACAGUGAUCAAAGACUAUUAUGAAGCUGUUCAAGAAACAAAUGGUGAAGAAGCUGAACCAGGCAGCAAAGAAAUAACAGGAAAAAGGGUUCAAAAGAAAUUAUUUGAAGAUGAGCCGAGCUGUAAUGGGGAGCCAAAAGACAAGAAAAUAAAAGUUGAGAAAAUCUGA